AUGAAACCGAAAAAUAUUUUCGAGGACAUUUUAAAAACCUCCCAACAAGAAUUCGAUGAUGAUUAUGAGGAAAUUAUUAUGGAUGGCAGUACUCCGACUGGCUUUUACGACUAUAUCUACGAAGGUAUAAAUGCUCCGAGGUAUAGAGACUUUUUGAAUGAUAUGACCGUGGGAGAAGGCGAUUCGUGGUUCGACAUGCAAAACAAUACGUUCGAGAUCUCGCCUAUCUCGACCGAAGUUUCUGUUCUAAAUCUUGAAGAAAAAAAGACGACAGAGACAUCCACAAAGACAACCGAACGCCCGCCACCGUCAAGUAAAAUUGAUUUUUGUCACGUAAACACGCAGGAUAAACGUGAUGGUUCAAAGAAAAUAGACGAUAUUUCAGAACCCAAGGCAGAUGCUGAAAAAGUAAAAGCCAAAGCCAUUAGGAUCAAGGUCAACAAAAAUAAUCAUAAACAUGGGUUCGAAAGUAAUGACCUUUCAAGGAGAAAGGAAAGCCAUGUGGUCACAUCGGAAAUGAAACCAAGGAGGACUGUGGAGAAUAACGCGGAAACCAAUACUAUAGACCCUAUGCCAAAUAUUGUUUCAAGAGUAGCGGUGAAUAGCGAAUCAUCACACAGAACUCUCAAUAAUAACAUGAACACUAAAUUAAAUCAGGGAUCUAAAGUUUCCGCCGCUAACGUCACUCCAAAAAAGAGAAUUGAUGAGGCGUGGAUGACUCGAAAUAUCGAAGUACAUCAAAAUAUUGAGGAUUCCGUCGACGGUAUUACAUCAAAGAUUGUGAUAAGCCCCGCCGUAAAGCAUAUCACCGUCCCCGAAAAAAUCGAGCUAUCCAAACAUAAUGAGCUACCGAAACGAAACAAAGAUUACCCGACAAGUAGGUCGCCAGGGAUAAAGAAACGGCAGCCUGCUAAAAGAUUCCGCGCAGAAUUAACGGUACCAAAGCCCUUUAUAUUUCGCGCCAUACCACAUAUGCAAAUGAAUGAAAGGCGUCCCACGAGAUCACCGUUUAUUUCCCUAGCCGAAAGAGUUAAACACUUUUUGGAAGACACGCCAGAGAGGUUCAAGACAAAGCUUGUGUCUUUAAAACCGACAAACACCGUGCAUACACGUUUACUUACGGUACCGAAGUCUCCUUAUUUACGAACAAAACAAAGAGCUAAGAUGUGUAAGGUCACAAGUAAUGAGGAUCAGAAAUUUGAUAGUAAAUCUCGAAUGAUGCCGAAGGAUGUCGAAAACAAUUGCGACGGAAAGAGUGCUGUUCCAAUUGCAAGAAAGACAAAUGUUACGAUACCCCGAUCUCAACGACCCACGCAACAUCACAAAGCCAAACCAUGUUACAUUUCUCAUUCUUCCAAAGAAUCGCACAGAUUAAUUGGCUCGACUAGCGAAACAGAAGAAAAGGUAGCAAAAAUAAGACAAAAUUCUCAGGAGCGAGAUAAGGCUUUUAGAGUUAAAUCAGAUUCGUCACAUCCAAGUUCAGUGACUGAACAAAAAUUUGUCAAGAAGAAGCAGCUCGAGAAGGAAAACAUUAAGCUUAGUGCGAAAGCAAAAGUACCGACCAAAAAAUCUGAAAAACAACUCACAGAACCCAUUGGAUUCGUUUUUCAAACCGACUCACGUAUUCAACUGCGUAAGGCACGCGAUCAAAACGAGGAGUUGCUCAAGAAAAAGAAAUGGAAGGAGGAGGAAAUUAGAAACCAAAGAAAAACAAAUCAUUUACGAACUGAAUUGACAAAUAAUCCACAUAUGGCUAAAAAUUUCUCUUCAAGAGCACAACCACCCAAGACGAAAGCUAAAAAAAAAUUUUCGAAGAAACAAGUCAUCAGACAAUGA